AUGAGUGGAAAACAAAACAUACCUCUUCAAGGUCACAAAGACAAUUCAUUUUACUAUGAGAAUGAAAAUAGUAACUCUGGCAAUCUUCAAUCAAUUUUGAAAUUAAUAUCUGAUUGUGCAGAAAACAGUUUGGUGAAUGGGCGAAUUGCUACUCCAAAAAAUGAUACACAUCGCUUUAAAACUACGCAAAUUGAGUUGAUUAAUAUUUCAGAUGAAGCAUCUGAUGUUAGCAAUAUGGAACAAAAGCCACAUGUAUUAUGCUUUGUAAAUGAUAAUUGUGAAAUUUGUGAACUAUUUUUUGGUUUUAUUCCUUGCGACUCAGGCUUGUCUGGAGAAGCUAUAGGCAGCCAAAUUUUGAAUAGUAUUAAAGAUUUGGGAUUAGAAAUGAAAUUUUGUGUUGGUCAAGGUUAUGACGGUGCUGGUAACAUGGCUGGGAACUGUUCCGGUGCUGCAGUAAGAAUAAAAGCUAUUUAUCCAAAAGCAUUAUAUGUUCAUUGUGGAUCUCAUGUCCUCAAUCUUUGUGUUGCAAAUGCCUGUAACAUACAGAUAGUAAGCAAUAUGAUGUCAAAUGUUCGUGUUAUAUCUCAGUUCUUUAAUUUUAGUCCAAAGCCUUUUGAUGUUCUGAAAAAAAAAAUGGAAGAAAUGUUUUCAAAAGCUCAUCACUCUCGUUUAAUAGAUGUAUGUCGUACAAGAUGGAUUGCCAGAAUUGAUGGUUUAGAUGUGUUUAUAGAGGUACUUCCUGCUAUAAUUAAAUGCUUUGAGCUAAUGAUUAAUAACGAUGAAAAGUCUUGGAAUCAUGACUCAGUGCGUGAUGAAAAUAGUUAUUUCUUUGCUACUAGAUCUUUUCAGUUUCUUGUUACUUUAGUAGUGGUGUCUCGCUGUUUGGAACGACUAAGAUCAGACAUUGAACACAGUCAUGGUGCUUGGUAUAGUGAGGCAGUUGUAUUGGCAGCUAGUGUUGGUGUUUAUGAGCACAAGCCUCGUACAAUAGGAAAACAGCUUAAUCGAAAUAAUUGUCCUAGUGAAUCUAUUAAUGAGUAUUACAAGAAAGUCAUUACAAUUCCUUUUCUUGACCAUUUAUCAUCCCAGAUUCAAUUACGUUUUUCUAAUAAAAACAUUGCUGUUUAUAAUGGAUUCUUUGCAAUGCCAACUAACGUUUUAAAUGUUGCUGAAUGGAGAAGCAACUUUCUUCUUUUUUCAAAUGAGUAUGAGGAUGAACUUCCGGAACCACGAAUGAAUAACACUAUCAAAACACCAUUAUUUCCUGAACAAGAACUAGUUGAUUGGAUCAGACAGUUUACAAAUCUUAGCUCUUCAGAAUUAACUCUAAAUGAUAUACAGAAACCUACGUAUGAAAAGAUGUAUGUUGUCUACUCCUGUCUGUUAUGUAAAUUACUUAAAAGUUCACAUGAACAAAAUACACAGCUGCCAUUGAGUGUUCUUGAAACUAUAACUCUACAAGAUUGUUGCAUUGAUAGCGCUGCAGGAAACUUAUUACUUAUGAAAAUGCUAAAGUAUGCUCUUCAUAUAUGUGCAGUUGAUGAUUUUUCAGAAAAUGAUCUUCUUUCUCCGUCUCGAAAGCGCACAAGAAAACAUUUAAGCGCUAUUUGUAAUUUUCUGCAUUAUUAUGAUAAUCUUUCUAUUCUAAAUAGUAUCACCGACCAAGUGAAAAAUCAUUCUGUUAAAGUUACAUCAUUACAAAAUGAAAAGGCUGUUCUAAAACAAAGAAUAUCUGUUUUAAAAGGAAAAAAGAAAGAAGAUCACAUAGCCAUUCAAGAGAUAAAUUUAGCUGCUUUAAAAGCUAAGCAUCAAGAGGUUGCUUCAGUAAAGGUUGAUUAUGCAGGCAGUGUUGAAGAAAAGAAGAGGGAAGUAGAAGAAAUUCAAAAUUUUUUGAUUUUAGCAAAAGCCUCAAAGUCUAUUAGUCAAGCAAAAGCUGCUUUAGAAGAACGGGUAUUAAGAAAAAAAAAUUUAUCUGUCAAAGAAAAAAUGAUGGAAAAUUUAAUUGAGAAUGUCCCAUCUUUUUUAACUAUGAUACAAGAAGUUCAAACUGACAUGGCUCAAUGCAAAUCAAUAUUGUCUGCAAUAGAAGAAAUGAAGGAGAAAUCAGACAGGAUUAAUUAUAAAAUUCAAGAAAUAAAUGCAGAUAUGGAGAGUUGUAAAAGGCUUAUAAGUCUUAAUCAAGAAAGUAACAUGAGAGCUGAGGCUCGCAAAAUGAAACUUCAAGAAGACUUUAUGAAUCGUAAAGCUAUUCAAGAAAAGAAACUAGAGAAUAUUGUUAGUAAAAUGGAGAAAAAGCAAGCACAGAUUAACAUUGUUAAAGCUGAUGUUCAAAAUGAAAUAGAUAAGGAAAUUGUAGAAGAAACAGAUCAUCAAAAUAUUAUAAAACAGUUAAAAGCUAAGAAAGAAAGUUUAGAGUUAAUGUGGGAUCAAUAUCUAAAUAAAGUGAUGUUAAAAGUUGAAGAGCAAAAUAAAAAGCUCCUGAUUCUUGCUUCGAUUUGAAAUGCAUUUUGAAAUCGAUCGAAGUUUAAAAUCCUUACUUCUAUCAAGUUUAAAAAUUAUUACUUUGUUGUAGUUACAAGUUUUAUUGUAAAUAAAAAUUGCGUUAGCUGGUGUUGUUAGAAUAAAUAAAGUUUCUUGAAUAAAUAUUUUUUUAUCCUGAAAAAUCUUU